AUGACACCAGGCAAAUCUUCCAAGACACCUAUCGUCGGGAAUCUAACAACCCUAACUAUGAAUAAUUUACACUUUGAUCAAUCACCUGAUGAUGUUUGGGAGCACUUUUACAAUACACAACCUAAUUCAGAACCAAUUCAAGGUACAAACGUUCAAGCAAGAUCAACAAAUAAUGAAUGCUUCUUAUAUAACUGUAUCUUCAUUGAAAUUACGACCAAGAGUGCCAUUUAUUUUACGAAUACAAGCAAUAAAUUUCUUAACUCAGAUUGUUCAUUUACUAACUGCAGCAGUAAUACAAAUGGUGGAUCUAUAUACUUUAAGUGUAAUAGUUCAAUUGUUCAAUACCGAACAUGUGGCUACAAAUCAAAAACAAACUCUGAUUGGGGACAUCAUUCAUAUGUUGAUUCUUAUUCAAAUAAUAAAAAUUAUCUUUAUGAAAGUUCUUUUUAUUUAUGCGGAAAUUUAGGAAAUUCAAGAAUUAAUUCUCUUUAUUAUGGAAAUAUUGAAGUUAAAUCAAUCAACACAAGUUUCUGUGAAGCAGACUAUGACUCAGGAAUAUUUCUUUGGUAUACAACAAGUCUAAGUAAUGUAACAUAUUCAUCAUUUUGUAACACAACAUCAAAUAAUUUAAUUUUAGAAUUAGAUGUUGGUAACUAUAAUUUUUAUUUUUGUAAUGUUUUGAAUAAUGAACACAAAAAAUCUGAUUAUGGAACAUUCUAUGGAGGUGCAUCAACUGUUCUUAUUGAAAACUGUUCAUUUCUUGGAAACACAGGACCAGGAGUAGAAUUUUAUCAAUGGGGUUCUGGUUCAAUUACAGUUAAAGAUUCUUUCUGUGACAGAAUAGAUAAAACAUAUGGAUCAGUUACAACAAAUAAUGUUCAAAAUAUAUAUUCUAUUCAUCAUCAUUCUCACGUUUCAUCAUAUCUGUGUGAAGCAGAGCUUCCUAUUAUAGAUAAAAAGCCUAUGAAAUCUGCUUUUGAUUUAUAUCAUCAAUUUUCCUUUAGACGAAGGCGUUAUGGGAGCUGCUUAUAUUAA